GCCUUCAGUAAGGGAGUUGUGGAGGACUUAUUUUGCCAAGGGCAGGGGAGAAGUCUGUUAUAGUACUGUACGACGAAUCUCACAGAGACAGCAGUGUCUGUCAUGGCUAACGCGCUCCGAUUAAGUUUGCGCAACGUUGUACGUGUCCAGAUGCGCAGAUCUUCAGAUUCUACCCAGCUGGGUGAGCUGGGUAAAGGUGCAGGCAAAGGUGGUGGUGGAGGUGGAGCGAUUCGCGAGGAAGGUGGUGCUUUUGGCCGAAGAGAAGCUGCAUAUGAGGAGAAAUACUUCAGGGAAAAAGAGAAAGAGAAGAUUAAUGCCUUGAAGAAACACCAUGAGGACGAAAUUAGACACCAUAAGGAUGAGAUAGAACGUUUGCAGAAGGAAAUUGACCGCCACAAAAACAAGAUCAAGAAAUUGAAGGAUGAUGAUUGAAAGCACUAGAGACUCAUUUUGCCAGUGGCUUAAAGUUAAUCACAAAACUAUACUUGUCUGGUGUUUAAAUGGGGGUUAUAUUAUUAAGAGUCAAUGUAGCUACAACAGAAUUGAAAUAAAUAACUGAAUCAUA